AAACCUGACUCUAAACUCCUAUACACUCCAAAAUCUGAAGAACCGCAAGGAAUCAGAAACAAAUAAGUAGAGAAAUCUUGAUGCGGAUGAUGGAGGUAGUGAGCAGUAAGAAAGAUCUAGAGCUGAAGCACUUAGGGUUUGUGAGGAUAGCUACGAUUCAGAUUUUGGUUUCCGUUUCCAAUCUUUAUGAUUAUGCGAAACGUAACUCCGGGCCUCUGAGAUCUCCCAUUGGAGCUGUUGAGAGCACUGUUAAUGCUGUGGUGAGUCCUGUUUAUGAUAAACUCAAGGGCGUCCCUGAUCAUCUUCUUGUCUUUCUUGAUCACAAGGUAGAUGGAGCAACAGCCAAGUUUGAUAAGCAUGCUCCUCCUGUUGCGAAGCAAGUUGUGAGCCAAGCACACUAUUUGAUUGAGAAAGCUUCAGAAAAGGCGAAAGUACUUGCGAACGAGUUUCAAGCAGGAGGACCCCGCGCUGCUUUGCACUACGUAGCUACAGAGUCUAAGCAUUUGUUCCUCACUGAAUCUGUGAAGGUGUGGGUUAAACUCGACCAGUUUCCCUUUGUCCACAAAGCUGCAGGGGUGGCUGUUCCAGCAGCUGCGCAUUGGUCAGAUAAGUACAACCAUUUCGUCAAGGAGAUGAACCAGAAGGGCUAUACAGUGUUUGGUUACCUGCCUGUGGUUCCGAUUGAGGAGAUCUCCAAGGCAUUCAAGCAAGGUGAGGCAGAGAAGAAAGAAGAUGCAGCUGCACAUAAAGAUUCGAGUUCAUCAGACUCUGAUUAAAAAUAAUGCAUUUCGUGCAAGGGCAUCCUUAGCCUAGUAGCAUGGCUGGUGAAAAUCUGACAGGGUUUGUGGGUGUUGGUUGAAACAUGAACUGCGUGCUAAUAUGUAAAUUAAUUCAGCGGACCCUUUUUCUCAUAUCAAUGGAUGUGAGUUUUUUGUAAUUCCACCUCGUAUCUAUUUUGUAGAUUACAGCACUGUAUUAGAUUAUGUCGUUAGGAUAUGCUCCCCUUUUAUCCAGAAUCCUCUGGCCUGAUGGGUUGGCUCGUUGGACCCUGUUUCGUUUUGCCAUUGUCUUGUUUAAAGCAGUGGGUGCUUGCCUUCCGCCAGAUAUGGUUCUCGUGCGGGAAUAAAGCCUUAAAGUGGAUGUUGCUUCAUGGGUGGUAUGCUUUUACAGUA